GGGCCCCGGGCUGUCGCGAUGAACAUCGUGGUGGAGUUCUUCGUGGUCACUUUCAAAGUGCUCUGGGCGUUCGUGCUGGCGGCCGCGCGCUGGCUGGUGCGGCCCAAGGAGAAGAGCGUGGCGGGCCAGGUGUGCCUGAUCACGGGCGCCGGCAGCGGCCUGGGCCGCCUCUUCGCGCUGGAGUUCGCCCGGCGCCGCGCGCUGCUGGUGCUCUGGGACAUCAACACCCAGAGUAACGAGGAGACGGCGGGCAUGGUGCGCCACAUCUACCGCGACCUGGAGGCGGCCGACGCCGCGGCGCUGCAAGCUGGGAAUGGUGAAGAAGAGAUUCUGCCGCCCUGUAACUUGCAGGUUUUUACCUAUACCUGUGACGUGGGAAAGAGAGAGAAUGUCUACCUGACUGCCGAAAGGGUCCGCAAGGAAGUCGGCGAGGUCUCAGUCCUGGUCAAUAAUGCUGGUGUGGUCUCUGGGCAUCACCUUCUGGAAUGUCCUGAUGAGCUCAUUGAGAGAACCAUGAUGGUCAAUUGCCACGCACACUUCUGGACCACUAAGGCUUUUCUUCCUACAAUGCUGGAGAUUAAUCAUGGUCAUAUUGUGACAGUUGCAAGUUCCUUGGGAUUGUUCAGCACUGCUGGAGUUGAGGAUUACUGCGCCAGUAAAUUUGGAGUUGUGGGUUUUCAUGAAUCUCUGAGCCAUGAGUUAAAGGCUGCUGAAAAGGACGGAAUCAAAACGACAUUGGUGUGCCCUUACCUUGUGGACACGGGCAUGUUCCGAGGCUGCCGAAUCAGGAAAGAAAUUGAGCCUUUUCUGCCCCCUCUGAAGCCUGAUUACUGUGUGAAGCAAGCCAUGAAGGCCAUCCUCACUGACCAGCCCAUGAUCUGCACCCCUCGCCUCAUGUACAUCGUGACUUUCAUGAAGAGUAUCCUCCCUUUUGAAGCAGUUGUGUGCAUGUAUCGGUUCUUAGGAGCGGACAAAUGUAUGUACCCCUUUAUUGCUCAAAGAAAGCAAGCCACAAACAAUAAUGAAGCAAAAAACGGAAUCUAAGAAUCUUUUUAUUGUCUAUGGAAUAUCACUUCUCUGAAGACGAUCAAGAUGUUUCCAGUCUGAUCCACUUCAGCGUUAUUGACAUUCUCUGGAUUCUAAAUCCAUGUUGACCUUUUUUAAAAAUCAACUUUACAAAAAAUAAAAUUAAGUGUAAAUUAAUCAACUAGAGUACUUGGAAAAUAGAGUCAGCAAGAUUGAGCUUAGAUUGUUGCCACCAGGGACCUGUUUUAGGGAGAACCCUAAAACAAGUCAGCGUUUUAGACAAGCACUGUGUGACAUCUCCUGGAGACUAAUAUUUUUCUUUAGUGAGCAGAAAGUCUCGAGAUGGUAAUCCCAGUGUGUUUAGCAUCUGUGUUUUUCCCUAAAUUCCCACAGAGUUUAUUCUUGUCCUUAAACUCUAGCCGGCUGACACCCUUGCAACUUCAAGGACUGAUAGUGCUGUAUUUCCUCAUGUUUUCUAAGUUUCAGUUUUGCAAAAGCCUGUGUGGCUUUCUCAUGGUGUUUUGUAUGUUAUACUUAUUUUUAAAAAGAAUUUUGAAAUCUCCAUCGAUUUAAAAUAAUGAUGUUUGAUUGCUACAGGAAAGGUGAUCAGGUGUCUUUCUUAAAGUCAUAAUGACUGAAGUGUUAGCUGACUUUUCAAUUUUAUCUCUGAAACAUUUCCUCAAGUAGCCAUUACUCUGAAGAUCUAGUAACCCAAAAGCAUCUCAUACAUUUUUCUACCUAUGAAUUUUGCUGCAUAUGGAAAGUGUCCUUUCCUCGGGAAGUUACUAUGUUUCACUUCUCUGGAUGGACUUUUAUAUAGAGUACAUAGCAGCUCUUCGAGAAGACAGUUUCUGAAAAAUGGGAACUUGUGUGUUUUUAAAAGUCCCCAUUUUGUGCCAACUAUGAUUAGAGGGGGGUAUGGGGUGGGGGGUUGGAAUCUUAUUCUAUCGAGUAAGUAUGGAAGGGUGUAAAGAUUCCUUUGAAAGUUUUAUUCACAUUGUAGAACCGCAAAUGACAUUUUUACAGUAUUUUUUUGUAAAGCAAACUAUUUUGUGCCUUGAAUUUGGUAAAUGUGUAUUAGUGAAACAUUGUAAAAGUGAACUUCUACCUCUGUAUCUAAAUGUAUACCAUUCACUUGUAAAUUACUAUAAACUAUUAUGUGAUUGCUUUUUUUUUUUUUUAGACUGUCUUGUUUCAAUAGCAACCAAUGUUUCAGGCUAUUAAAAUAAGCCAUCUUUUACUAAUUAAUUGGGAAAUUUUAUAAAGGACUGAUUAAAUUUAAAGAAUUAAUUUA